GAUUGUAGGAUCUUUCCAGUUGUUGAUGACAUGGGCCACGAGGGACAGGCCCACAAAGAUGGACUAUCUGACUUCACCAACCUUAGAACCACGUGUACGAUGGAGAAUGGAGAGAUUCAAAAAGAUUUGGGUGGUGGCAUGCUUUCAUUCCCUUUUUCUUGUUGUAAUCAUAAUGCCAACAAAAUCCCAUUGUUUCCAUCAUUUUCAAAGUGUGAAAGCAAACCCACUACCUCCCCCUCUCCCAACCAAAGUCAAUAUUACUUUUUUUAAAAAAGGUUCUGUAAAAAGGACCCAACAACAUCCUUAAAUUAAGUGGAUUUGUAUGAUCUUGUGUCCCGUGUCUGAAGAUCCAGACCGUUGUUUGAUUAUGAUGGAAUAAUUUCUCAAAGUGGAUAAUCUUAACCCAUCAAUUGAAGUCCCACAAAUAGACGGAUGAGGAGGAAUUCAAUUUCAAUUUGGACAGCUAGGAUGUUCCGGUGAGGUAGGUUGUGGGGAACGGUCCAGAUCACUCAAACAGGAGUCCCACUUAAACAAAGGGAACAAGAGUCGUACACGUGUCAUUGCACAAGGAUCAUAAAAUCCCACCUUAGCUAAAACCAUAGUAAUAACGACAACAGCUCCAUUUCCACUCACAAACCCUUGAUUAUCUUCAUCCAUACUAUUUUUUUUUUUGGAUCCAUUUAUAAAACCCCACCUACAAUCCAAUCUCUACACUCCCCUCACAAACUACUUCAAUUAAAAACCCAAUAGCUCUCUCUCUCUCUCUCUCUCUCUCUCUGUCUGUCUGUCUGAAGGAUGAGAAAUGGUGAUGAAAACAAUCCCAAAUGCCUGAGAGUGGUAGACAUAUGUCUAAGGCUGUCUACCAUCCCACUUAGUGUGGCAUCCAUAUGGGUGAUGGCCACAAACAAGCAGUUCAAUGCUGACUAUGGGAUGCUUCAGUUCUCCAAUCUAUCUGGCCUCAAGUACUUGGUUUCCAUCAAUGCCAUAUGUGCUGCGUAUGCUCUUCUUGCUUUGGUCUUCAAUGCAUGGCUCGGAUACUUCAUCAGCGACACGAUUCUCUUUGUUUCUGAUCAGGUACUGGCUUAUUUGAUGGUGACAUCAGGGGCUGCAGUGGCUGAGAUAUUAUAUCUAGGAUAUAAGGGUGACAGGAAAGUAUCAUGGAGUGAAGCAUGCUCUUCUUAUGGCAGGUUUUGUAGCAAGGCCAAGGUGUCUUUGAUCCUACAUGCUGUGGUCUUCAUCUGUUUCCUUAUAUUAGCUGUUAUUUCAGCUUAUAGGCUUUUUACCAAGUUUGAGGCUCCUUGUAUAUCUAAGGAAGGAAAUGAGGAAGAGGAAUAGAUGUAGGAUGUGGAUGUGUUUGUCUCAAUGUAGGACUCUUUUCAAGUCU